UCUAUGUACAGUUGCUAGCUAAUCGUUCGAUGACUGAAAUUUAGGGGAGAAAAGGGCCGAACAAAGCCCUGUCGAAAAUGUGUUUAAUACUGUUUAGUUACGGAUUGAUCCAUAGAAUAAGGAUUUCUAAUUUGACUAAUUCCAAUAAGCGAUGGGCGAAUGAGCCUGCAAUAAUGCUACUUUGAUUUCCAUCUGCGAUUUAUGAAAGCAGAAAUCCUUCCUGUCACUUUGGGGUUUGAACAUUUCUGGUACUCGCAUGAGUUCUAGGGAGCGAGCCGAGAUGGGGGACAUCUUGGCAACUGAAGCUGAUCUUCUUGGGAUUAUCAAAGAGUACCUUAACUUCGAAGAAUUUGAAGAGACCAUUCAAACUUUUGACAAGGAAUGCAAAACCAAAGGGAAGCUUGUAUCGAAGCCUCGUGGAAGCGCUCUGAGAGACUCAAAGACCCGUGUCAUCCAGGAAGAUCUUUUGAGCUCAUUUGAUGAUGGCGACCACAAAGUGUUCUUUGAUCUCUGGGCAGAAAACAUUCCCUCAGCGGUUAAAGACUCAGAUGAUGAAGCACAGAACCUUGAGUUCUACCUUCAUAUCCACUUUACUGUCUACCCGCUGAGGACACACCCGAGUAGACAAGACCGAGCUGAAUUUGAGGAGAGGAUUUUCCUUUUCAAGCAGUACCUUGAAACUCGUGGAUCAACUCUGAGCCAGACUACUGAGUUUUUGCCUUAUUACGCUUUGCCUUUUGUUCCCAAUCCAACCAUUCACCCUUCCUUUAAAGAUCUCUUUCAGGAUUCCUGGAUGCCACAGUUGAAGGACAAGUUGGAGAAGUUUUUAUCAGUGACUCUAAAAUCGUCUAAGAUUCCAAGGCUGUUGACUUUAUAUAAGGAGGGUGGAAGAACUUCCAAAGAAGCCAUGCAGCAGUUGCAGCUUCAGCUGGCCGAAUCGGAGCGACGCAUCUCCAGCUACGUACGGAAGUGUAACAAGAUCAAAGCUGACUACCAUAACCUUAUUGGAAUCACUGCUGAGCUGGUCGACUCUUUAGAGGCCACUGUCAGUGGAAAAAUGAUUUCCCCUGAGUAUCUGCAGAGUGUGUGUGUUCGCCUAUUCAGCAGCCAGAUGAGGCAAAGUGCUGUUCAGAGCACAGACUUCACAAGGCCUGGCACUGGAUAUUACUCUAUGAGUCCCUAUGAUGAUGGCUAUGCUUCGUCUAUGCUACGUGCAUCUAUUGCACUACAGAGGCAUAAGGAGGUGCCAAUGCUGCCUUCUCUGGACUAUGACAAACUGAAGAACAACUUGGUUGUCGGCUCAGACAGGCUGAAGUGUCUCCUGCUGCAGGCUCUGCGCUGGAGAAUAACUCGCUCACUCCCUGGUGAACAGAGGGACACGGUGCUUCAAGCCUACAUCAGUAACGACCUGCUGGAAUGCUACAGCACCAACAAGAAAACUGUGCUUCAUUUGAUGAAGUCAGCAAACGAGGUUGUCCGUCAAUACACUGCUCGUCUCAUCAAUGCAUUUGCUUCCCUUGCAGAGGGCCGGAUUUACCUCUCCCAAAUUCCAGUUCUUGUGAAGCUUCUGACAGAAACACUAAGGAGGGAGGAGAAGGACUCUCUGACUCGGGAAAAUGUUCUGGUUGCCCUUCAGAAGCUCAGUCUUAGGAGAAGCCAGCAGACAGCCAUGAUCGAAGAUGAUCUUAUUGGUUGGCUUGUGGAUGAGCUGCAGGACUCGGACUGCCUCAGUGACUACACCCUGGAGUAUUCUGCAGCUCUGCUUAUGAACUUGUGUCUGCGAACCAAAGGAAAAAGGAAGUGCGCGGAGAACGCCAAGCAUGUGCUCAAAGUUCUGACUGACCUCCUCGGACAUGAGAACCAUGAGAUUCGGCCAUAUGUGAAUGGAGCUCUGUACAGUAUCCUGUGUGUUCCCUCGGUGCGACAGGAAGCCAAAGAGAUGAGUAUAGAGGAGAUUCUUCGUUGUUACAACAGAGAGGAAAACCCAGACCUCAACAGACAGAUUGAGUUCAUCAUUAAGCAGCUCAACUCAGGUGAUGAAGAGGGACCAGAGUCCGAUGAUGAGGAAGAAGAGGAUGACAAUGAUGAGGAUUUAAUGGAAAUAGAACUUGAUAAAGAGGAAAUUCUUCAACCCCAGCAAAGGGAGCUGUCUGGGGAGACUCUGCUCACCACUGAGUAUCUUGGGAUCAUGACAAACAUGAUGAAAGCAAAGAGGAAGUCAACUCCUCUGGCAUGCCCAAACGUUGAUGAGCCCUUACAACGGCCAGUCACCCCAAGUUCUCAUCGAAAUUCAGGUGAAAAUCGUCCCAGCAGUCAGUGUGGAAACAGGGAAUACCCCCUAAACAGACAGAGGAGUGAAGAAGGGAGUCUGAUCCCCUCCCUAUACCACUCUCGACCUCCGACACGUUCUGGCAGCCCACCCAGCACUGCCGACUCCCUUCGUCACAGCUUAGACUCAGAAUGCGGGCGGUUCUACCAGGAUUCACAGUUAGACCGGACAUAUGAAGAUCAAGACAGGAAAGGACAGUCCCAGGGGAGGCACAAUGGCCACGCCGUCAGUGACACCUACAUCCUUGGAUUUGUGAGCUCCUCCAAGAUCCCCCGGACACCUGAUCCCCCCAUUAGUGAUCACCGGAGUCGUGAACUUGCUCUGGCACCCCGGUUCUCCCAGUCGGAGCCCCAGCAGGGCAGCCGGCCUGCCAGCUCCACCGGAGGAGGAGGGAGUGGAAACAGGCACUCAAAGAGGAGGUGAAGAGAGAGCUGUCACCAUGGGGGGGAAGCGCUAUCUGUCCAGGAACGUUGGGCUUCCUGUAACAUCAUCCCCCCAGGUUGCGAUCGGGGUCGAGCCAACAGAGGCGGGUAGGGAUCAACGGCAGCAAUGAGAGGAGGCAGAGGAGUGUGUGAAACAAUGUGUAGGAUUGUGGCUCUGAAACACACACACUCCCCCGUUUCAGCACACACCGCUUUGGCAACAUGAUAUGAUGGCAGACAAUAAUCACAACCACCAGCGAAGCAACUCAGUGAAUCAAGAAGUCUCUGAAUUUCUUUGUGUGUGUUUCUUAUUUUGCAGUGGAAUAACACAUAGUUUGCAUUUCAGUUCAGCCCAGUAGCAUUAAUAUUUGGAACCACUGAAAAUAAAUUAUUGUAGAGUCUGGGUUAUCUUUUCCACUUGUUUUUUUCUUUUUGGAGAUGGUAAGAAGAGUCAUUUCAUUCAAACUUAAAUACGUAUAAAAACAAUAAAUACUGUUAUUAAUAAAUACUGAAUAAAUACUCCAUAUUGCUUUUUGGGGGGAGAGGGGAGAGGAAUGGUUACUUUGUCAAUCAGUGUUUAUUAAUUUCAUGAUUUAUUUACGAUUUUAUUUCAUUUCUUAUUUCAUAAUUGUGUUUUAUUUUGCGACACCUGCAGUUUGUAAAGCGACUUUGCGUAUUUUUCUUUGUUUUUAUUUCAGGCUAAUGUUCUUAAUCAAACGAGGGGGCGGAGUUUUCUCUGAAAUACUUAUUUACUUUGAAAUAAAUGUUUCAAAGUAAAACACCUUUUUGAAGUCUUUAAAACUGUGAUUGACAAAAUAACCUCAUUAUUUUUUAUAAAUGUAUUAUGGUUUUAUGUCAUGGGGAUGUUUCUUUGUUUGUUGGAGGAUUUUUUCUAUUGUUUCUUAAUAACAGUAUUAAUUUAUUUAGUAUUGAAUGAAGGACUCAUUUUUUCUGAUCUUAAUGCAUGAAUCAGACUUGGUCUAUGUCAGGAUUUAGAGUAAGACAAAAAGCAGUAUGUCAGUAAUACUCAGAUUUUUUAUCAGGUUUAAAUUAUUCUAAGUAUCCAGCAUUAAAAAAUACAUAAUGCUUAAAAUUAUAAGGAACAAAAUUCACCUUGUACAAAAGCAGUGACGUCCUUUCAUCUGACUCGCUGAUGCACAUAUUGUAGUUUGACUUUUCUCUGAUUGCCUGAGUGUUUAAAUUGUGUUUAAAACUUUCAAUAUGAUGUUUUUGGAAAAAUGACUUGAAUAUUUGUGAUUUUCUUAAAUUCAGCAUUCUUUACAUUGUUCUCCUGCACUAUUUUGUGUAUGUUAAUGUCUAUAUUUAUGUUCAGUGCUAUGUUUCUGAUGCAAUGCAAUUUGACAGUGGUUUUAAAUAAAUUUGGUAACCUGACUUGCUUCUUUGUCUUUGCAGUUUGACUUGCUGGCUACAGUUGCUGUUAAGUUAAGGAAGUUUAUUUAUUUAAGCUUUUUUUAGACUCCAAGUCAGUUUUAUUUAUACAUUAUUUUUUUGUUGAUAAAUAAUCAGAUGCUACCAAAAAAGAAACGAUGAAUGAUAUUGAUGGUUAAAAUAAAAAUGUUGGCUGUGGGUUUUAACCCUGAUCAGAGAUUCCAGAAUCUUCUGCAUAUAAAUAUUAAAACUGAAUUUUAAUAUUACCCAUAUGUUGCAUAGUUAUUAUGUUUUUCAUUAUAAAAUUACAACUUUUCAUAAACUUGUAACUUUGUCCACCUCUGAAGACAUGACCAUAUGUGGUUUUAUUGAGCAAUAUGUUUUUAUGAUUUUAUUGUUGUGGUCGCAUGACCUUUAUUCUUUGCACUCUAUUCAAUUGUGAAAGUAGCUUUGUGUAGUGUACAAUUUCCAAGAUAAAAUUUUUUCCUUUGGGUACAAUAAAGUAUAUAUUUAUGCAUUUUAAACAUUAACCUUAUUCAUUAUUUUUAGUUCUUCAAGGUGCAUUAGUCAUUACUGUGAGAUACCUUAUCUGCUUCCUGCUGCACUUCGUCCCUUUCCCAAUUUUUGUUUAUUUUUUUACUAAUCUCAUAUUGAUGGUUGGAUAUGAUCCAAUGUGUUAGUUUCAUGUUGGCAUGAUAUGUUCUUCUGGUGUUUUAUUUUAGAUGUGAUACGUGUGAUAAAAAUUAAACACUUCAUUUUCAUGGA